GCAAUGUCACCGACAUCGUGCUUUGGUAAGCUAAAGCGCGCGUUGAUUGGGCGUUUCUAAAACGCGUGUCCCGCAUCAAGGGCAGCGCGGCGAUCAAAAACGCAGAGGAACGCAGCGAAAGGGUCUUCCCAUGCUUGCGCUUCUCGCUCGUCCUAGAAAACCUAGGAAAGCCAGUGGAGGAGGCAGCUACGUUCUGUUCAGUAAGGACCUUACGCCAAACAUAACGGCACCGAUGACGAAUGACGUCAUCCCUCGAAAAUAACCAGCUUCCGUCCAUCUGCCCAUCUAUCUGUUUAAUUGUCUGCGUCUGUCUGUCUGUCUGUCAAUUACAAUUACAGGGCAACGGUUUCUCAUCUCGUCCUUCUAUUAAAUCUAUACGGCGGUAGUGACUACAAGACCCCACAGAGUUUGUGGGACGACAAUAUCUAAUAACUUGGCCUGCAAGCAGGCUCUCGACGAGCCCGAACGCAGCCGUCCCGCCCUGAUCGUAUCGCUCUCUGAAUUCUUCAGUUUUACGCUCGUCUGCUCGCUUUUCUCCCUGAAUUUUUUUUCCGUCCUCGCCGGGAGCCUGUUCGCAGACUACUUAAAACUUUAUGGCGUGUAUCAGACUGGAUUUUAUUCUCAACCUGGUGGUGUACGUUCCAAAAUUUAUUUCUGUCGAUAGAAAAACAAACCCAUCUGUGAAGUUUAACAAAAGCGUUUAUCUAACAAUUAUGCCACGAGCGUGCGUUGGAUAUGAGAUGAUAGAUAGCCAACGAGUAGCCCCCCCUACCCACCACGAUGGAUGGCUCCCUUGAAUUGCAUUAUCCAAUGAUCCAGUUUUUAUUACUUCAGUCUCUGCUGGGAGAACACAAAUUUAGAGCGAUAACGUCGUACAGAAGCACACAACUUCCAAUUAUCAUCUGAUGGAAUAGUGAUGAUCAUAUGCGGGGGAGACCGCGAAACGCUAUACACGAGCGCGGAGAAAAGCGCGGAGCGCGAAGACGGGAUGGUCUCGCUCGGGGUCGACUGGGGAGAGUGACAAUUUAGCUUUAUUUCUUUAGCUUUUGCGUUGUUUCGGCCUUAUUCUCGUUUACGUUUCGUUCUGCUCAUCACAGAGGCUCCUGAUCUUUUUCAUACUUGCUGGUAAUCAAUUUUUUUCACUAUUGUUACAACGGUUCAUCAAGAAUUUGCCAAAUCAUGAGCGAUCACAUUUGGCUUCGCGCCGAGACGAAACCAAACGAGCAACGGAGAGCCUUGACUCCAGAGAAAUGCCAGGAUUUAAUCGAAAAAGGUUUUAAAGUUACAGUGGAAUGCUCUGACCAGUCUGUCUUCAAAAAUGAGGAAUUUCAGUGCAUUCCAGGUAUCAAUAUGGUCCCUGCUGGAUCUUGGGUCACUGCUCCCAAAGAGGCCUUCAUUUUGGGACUAAAAGAACUUCCUCACAGUGAGGACCCAAUAUCUCAAAGGCACAUCUUCUUUGCUCAUGCAUAUAAGAAUCAAACAGGCUGGGCAGAUUUACUCCACCGAUUCAUCAAGGGAGGAGGCAGCAUUUAUGACAUUGAGUUUAUGACUGAUGAGACUGGAAGAAGAGUAGUGGCUGAAUUUAGUGGAAUGGCUGGACUUGGUGGAAUGGGUCUGGGAAUACUUGCUUGGUGCCAUCAGCAACUGAGUCCCAAUAUACCAAUGGCUACAGUGAAACCUUAUGAUAAUGAUGCUGCAUUCGUUGAUCACAUCAAACUACAACUCAAGCAAGUUGCCAAGUUGAAAGGUCUUCCUGAAGUGUUUCCUCGGAUCAUUGUGAUUGGUGCUCUUGGUCGCUGUGGUAAAGGAGCUUUAGAGAUUGCCCAUAAGCUGGGUCUUCCAAAGGCUGCCAUUGCUGAAUGGGAUUUGGAUGAAACAAAGCCGGGUGGCCCUUUCAAGGAGAUACUGGACUAUGACAUUCUUGUUAACUGCAUUCUUUUAAUGGAGAAAAUUCCACCAUUUCUUACAAAGGAAAUGUUGGAGACAGAUGACAGGAAUUUGAGUGUGGUGGUUGACGUGAGCUGCGAUCCUAAUAAUCCAUACAAUCCAUUGCCAUUCUACGAGUCAAUAACUACAUUUGAUCAGCCAUGUGAGAGAAUAAAACUCAGCUGCAGUAAGCCUCUUGACGUGGUAGCCAUAGAUCAUUUGCCUUCUGUUUUACCACGUGAAAGUAGUGAGAGAUUUGCCAGCAAGAUGACACCUUAUUUAAUGAAAUUAGUAGAGGAUCCUGUUUGGAUCAGAACCAAGAAGAUGUUUGAUCAAAAAGCAGCAGAAGCUAAAGAGUUUUUGAGCGCAGGCUUACAUCAUUAAAUUAAUAUAUUGCAUGAAAUGCAAACAUGGUAAAGCAUGUGACAAGAGAUGUACUCUAAUGAAACUGAGGAGAAGUGAUGUUCAGAAAAAAAAUACAAACAUUCAUAAUUUAAGUUUAUUAACUAUAGUUUAUAUUUUAGAAUUCGUAGAAGAGAUUUGCUUAAUAAUUUCACUAUAAAACACUGCGAUAAAAUGGAAGAACAUUGUAACGAAGUGUAACAAAAAGAGCAAAAAAAUUAACAACACUUUUAUAUCAUUGUUUCCUUAGCAUUCGUGUCCCGUAGGAAUUUUAGUUUGUUUUUAACUUUGUACCAUUUUUAUUCACUCAGUUGACUUGAUACUUACGUUGAGCAAACGGCAAAACGUCGUCAUUAAUUUUUGAACCAAAACGGUUUUCAGUUUUUCCAUUUUUAUCGCAGUGUUUUAUUGUGAAAUUUUAAAUUUUCAUAACUGGUAAUAUAUACUGCCGAAAGCUUAUUUAACUUCUCCCUUUCUUGUCGGACUACAUAGUGUGUGGACAUUGAUAUCUGAUCACCAGACCCCAGUUGUUCGAAGACUGGAUAACGCUCUUCACAGGAUAAAUCACUAUCCAGCGGAUAAGUGGUAACAAGACAAACCACGCUAUCCGCUGGACAGUGAUUUAUCCGGUGGAAAGCGUUAUCCUCCUUUCGAACAACCGCGGCCAGUUAGUUAUACCGAUGAGUUAACCUCACAUCUGGAGUGGGAAUGGAUAGCAUAUCUCAUAUCUGAGAAUUGACCAAGUCCAUAAUAUUAAUUGUCUUAAAAGAAGUUGGGAAGUCAGUGCUACCAGUUUGAGACAAGAUCAGCGAUAUCUUAUCAAAAACAACAACAACAACAACACUCGAGGUAUUAUAAGACCUUCUAAAUAAAUGGAAGCUUAAACAUCACAUUUAACUGACUAUGGUAAAUUUCAAACUUUCUAAGUUUGAUACUUAACAGUUUGAAAUUUGCUGUUUGUCAGUUAAAAACUCUAUCUACCUACCUGACCUUAAAAGACAGUUUUGUUUUAUCGCCUGCUCCAACCUCCUCAAAAUUAUUUUAAAAUUUAUACUGAAGUCUUUGCCAACAAAGAAGUCCAGCAGAACAUAAGAAAAAUUCGAUUGCAAAAGGCCUUGGUCUCUGCUCUUAAGUCUUAACUUAAAGAAACACGUAACUUUACAGCACAAACAUGACCUAAGAAAUCAGGUUGAAGUAUUUGUACGGUAAUUUAGGAAUCAGGGACUAUUUGCAUUUUGAAAAAGUAUCUGAUCCUAGCGUAAGUGUACACACAUUUUGCACAUCAUAGAUUUCCUUCUCCGGUGACAAAACUCAAGCAGUUGACGUUCAUGUUUCUGCGAUUGGAAAUCUUGUAAAUCAAAUGUUUCAAUCUAAUGAACUACAUCAAGGAUUAAAGCUUGAAAACUUGGGUUUCGCACGGAACCGUCCUGUAAUGUGCAAAAUGUGUGCACAGUUGACCAAUUUUGAUAUAUUAAAUUUCUAACUUAGUUCCGAGGCUUCAGGGGUCUGAAUCAAAGGAAUAAGAUCGAAAAAAAAAAAGAAACAGUUUCUUUUGUUUAAAUCUCCUAAACCUCACCACAUGUUAGAAUUAAACUUUAUCGAAAACUGGACUAUGGAGAAACUAACAAAAUACUGAGACACGUCACCUGGCUGGCUACCUUUCCAUUGUUAUGUAAUUAAUUGAUUUUAUGCAUUGCUGGUCUGCAUUGCGCAGUAUUUAAUGAUUGGAGGAAUAGGAAAUUCACAUAUGAAUUUUAUUUGAAUAAGAAAUAUAAAAUAUAAGUUCUUACUCAGUCGCAACGUAAAUACAAGCUUAUGAUUUGAUUUAUGAAAUGAUUUGGCGGUACAUUUUUCUCACGGUUAAUUUAAUUUAAAUGCUUCAUUACGUAGUACACUUAUGAAAGUGAACUUGAAUUAAAUUUGUGGGUAGGUACAUUUAAAAUUUUAGCAACUAAUUCUUUAAUAUUGUCCUAGAACUUGGCGAACAACUAUUAGCAAGUCCUAGUAGUGUCAUAAGUGGUGUUCUUCUGUGUGUGGCUAGUUGGCAGAGUUGCCAUAUUACUUGAUUGCUUCAGCAAGAAGCCUUAUGUUGUAUUGCAUAUUUAGUAUGGUAGUGACUAAAUGAAUAAAAAGUCUUUCACUGACUGAA